UCUGUGUUUUUUGAUUCUUGAUUUCCUAUUUCCUUAAAAAAUUAAAAUUUUGAGCUUAAUGCUUAAUUUAGAAAAAGGGUAAAAGGGUGUCUAUAUUUUGUUCAUUUUCAUUGAUGGUCAAAAUCCACUAAUUUUCAUUUCUUGAUUUGGGGGUAAAAAAAAAAAGAUUGAAUCUUUCCUUUAAAAAAUCAACAAUUUGGGCCAUCAAUUGAGAAAAGGAGCAAAAGGGGCAUCUAUAUUUUGUUCAUUUUCAUACAUGGUUUGAUUCAAAGUUAGUGAAUUUCCAUUUCCUGAUUUGUGAGGUGAAAAAAGAUUGAAAUUUUCCUGGAUUUCAGGCCAUAAUUUGAUAAAAAGAGGCAAAAGGGUGUCUGAAUUUUGUUCAUUUUCAUUAAUAGUUUGAUCAAAACUUGACAAAUUCUUGAUUUGUGGGGUAAAAAAAAAGAUUGAACUUUGUUUAAAAAUGGGUAAUAUGGGAAGUAGUGGUGUUAACGGGCGUCGCCGUAGCAGUAGCCGUAGAAGCCACCCACCACCACCACCACCACCACAACAACCACAACCUGAGAUAAAUGCUAACCGUUACGUUUUCGCAGCGGCGACACCUUAUCCACCUCAUCAAUACCCUAAUCCUAAUGCACCACCACCACCACCGGGGUAUUAUCAAUACCCCGGUGGUUAUUACCCACCACACCCACCAGCUAUGCCGGUGCCAUUACCAGCUCCUUAUGAUCAUCAUCACAGGAUGGACCCAGGUCAUGCUAAUUGGGUUAACGGGCGGUACUCGUAUGGACCAAUGAUGCCAGCACCGUAUGUGGAGCAUCAAAAAGCUGUUACAAUAAGAAAUGAUGUUAAUUUGAAAAAGGAGACUUUAAGGAUUGAGCCUGAUGAAGCUAAUCCUGGCAAAUAUCUUGUUGCUUUCACUUUUGAUGCCACAGUUCCUGGAAGCAUGACUGUUAUUUUCUUCGCAAAAGAAGGUGAAGAUUGUUGCUUGACUUCUAUGAAGGAAAGCUUGCUCCCACCAGUAACUUUCGAGUUUCAAAAAGGUUUAGCUCAGAAGUUUAGGCAACCAUCCGGAACCGGCAUUGAUCUUUCAAUGUUUGAAGAGGCAGAAUUGCCCAAAGAUGGUGAGGCAGAUGUGUAUCCACUUGCGGUCAAGGCAGAGGCGUCAUUAGUAGAUAGCCAAAGUGGAUCGGAGGACGGGAGUGCUGCGUCAGUAGUGUCCACUAAUUCACAGAUUACUCAAGCGGUUUUCGAGAAGGACAAAGGUGAGUACCAUGUUAGGGUGGUGAAACAGAUCCUCUUUGUCAAUGGCAUGAGGUAUGAGUUGCAAGAGAUUUUUGGGAUUGGUAAUUCAGUUGAAGGCGACUUUGAUGGAAAUGAUCCUGGGAAAGAAUGUGUCAUAUGCCUCUCUGAACCUCGGGAUACUACUGUACUUCCAUGUCGGCACAUGUGCAUGUGUAGCGGAUGCGCAAAGGUUUUGAGGUUCCAGACGAAUCGCUGUCCUAUUUGUCGACAGCCAGUUGAGCGCCUUUUGGAGAUCAAGGUCAGUGAAGGUGCAGCCGAAGAGUAAAAAUAGGAAAGAGUUGCCAGAAUCACUCUUGUAUAAAUAUCUUUACUUUCUUACUUCUUAACCUUUUGGUUUUGUCCAUUGCUCCCAGAUUAGAAUAAUCCAACAGCAGCAAGUCUCUUAAUCCUACAAUUGGAUCAAGACUUGCUGUUGAGUUGAGCCAUUUUUUUUUUUUACAUUUUUGUUUUUAUUUGCGAGUGCUUUCGAAUUCCCCUGCAUGUUCUUAAAGAGUUGUUAGCUAUACCUAGUAAA